AUACUACCAAUGAAGAAGGUCAAAGUUUACCUUGUCCAGAACCUCUGGUCUGUGUGUGUGAUGAGGGAUACAUGUUCAACUCUUCUGAUCCAGAUCCACAAAAUUGCGUUCCAGUGAGGCCCCCAGUUGUGUGUGGUAAUAAUACCAGAUGCUGUGAGGUAGUGGAUAACAAUACAGUGUCAAACUGCCAGAAUACUACCAAUGCAGAAGGUCAAAGUUUACCUUGUCAAGAACCUCUGGUCUGUGUGUGUGAAGAGGGAUACAUGUUCAACUCUUCUGAUCCAGAUCCACAAAAUUGCGUUCCAGUGAGGCCCCCAGUUGUGUGUGGUAAUAAUACCAGAUGCUGUGAGAUAGUGGAUAACAGUACAGUUUCAAACUGUCAGAAUACUACCAAUGAAGAAGGUCAAAGUUUACCUUGUCCAGAACCUCGGGUCUGUGUGUGUGAAGAGGGAUACAUGUCCAACUCUUCUGAUCCAGAUCCACAAAAUUGCGUUCCAGUGAGGCCCCCAGUUGUGUGUGGUAAUAAUACCAGAUGUUGUGAUGUAGUGGAUAACAGUACAGUGUCAAACUGUCAGAAUACUACCAAUGAAGAAGGUCAAAGUUUACCUUGUCCAGAACCUCUGGUCUGUGUGUGUGAUGAGGGAUACAUGUUCAACUCUUCUGAUCCAGAUCCACAAAAUUGCGUUCCAGUGAGGCCCCCAGUUGUGUGUGGUAAUAAUACCAGAUGCUGUGAGAUAGUGGAUAACAGUACAGUGUCAAACUGCCAGAAUACUACCAAUGAAGAAGGUCAAAGUUUACCUUGUCCAGAACCUCUGGUCUGUGUGUGUGAUGAGGGAUACAUGUUCAACUCUUCUGAUCCAGAUCCACAAAAUUGCGUUCCAGUGAGGCCCCCAGUUGUGUGUGGUAAUAAUACCAGAUGCUGUGAGAUAGUGGAUAACAGUACAGUGUCAAACUGUCAGAAUACUACCAAUGAAGAAGGUCAAAGUUUACCUUGUCCAGAACCUCUGGUCUGUGUGUGUGAAGAGGGAUACAUGUUCAACUCUUCUGACCCAGAUCCACAAAAUUGCGUUCCAGAAAUGCCGACAUGUCCUGAUACUGACCUACAAUGUCCUAUAAAUUGUCCGGACGUUCGAGAAGUCAGGUGUGACGGUACAACCUACACCUUCAGCAACCGCUAUCGAGCUGCUGACGGUCUGGUACCGUUGCUAUACAGCAUCACUUACUCGGGGUGUAACAACAUCAGUAUAUCCACAUGCAAUGCCACCAACUUCGACACGGUGGUGAUUCUUUUUGGUUGUGAUGCGACGCUUUAUAUUAAACCCGAUGGACUUCAGAGAUGCGGCAUCCCCGGGUUUCACUUUUUGCUCAUGAAUGACGACAGUCCCGUUUGCUCCGGCUUAACCUCUCUGCUCCAGAUCCCGCAAGGAGACCUACCCAUUGGGGCGUAUGUAAUAGCUGUGACUGGACCUCUCUGCUCCAGAUCCUUAAGGGAUGCCUAUCCAAUGGGACGUAUGCAAUAGGUGUGCACGGGUAUAAUGGCAACGAAGGGG